AUUUAAGUUUCACUCUUGAAUUAGAAUGUGUGUAGAAUUCUAGUUUUAAAGCCAUCUUCAGCACUUUGAGGGUGUGGUUCAUUAUCUUCUGGCAUCCAAAGAUGGGAAAGUUGCUAUCAAAAUAAUUCUUGGUCCUUGUGGUUUUAAGAAUUUUCUCUGCUUUUAAUGAUGUUCUUGGUAUUUCACUGCAUUGUGGAUAUUUUAAAAUUGUUCUUUUAAAAGGUAUCUUGUUCAUCAGCAGAUUUCUUCCAUCUGGGGACUUGUAUCUUGCUUUAGUUUCAGGAAACUCUCAGCCAUUGUCUCCUCACUUGCCCCCACCCCAUUCAAUCUACUCACUUCUGGACUCCCAUUAGGCUGAUACUGGAGCUUUAGGAGCUGGUCUCCAGGUUUUUACAAUUGUUUGAAUAGGUAAUAAAUCCACCCAGUUCAAACAUGAAAUAUCAUAAAAAUGCUUAGAGCAAAAACUCUUCCUCCUACCCCUGUUCUCCUUUCAAGUAGUUCCUGUCCCUCAUACCCCACUAAUAAUAUGUCCAUGUUGCUAUAUAUACCUAGGCAGUCUGUAAAUAACAACAAACAAAAUUAUACUAAUAAUAUUGUCUGGUUAACUUAAUAUAUAAUUCCCUCUUUCUCUGUUUCCACCUCCCAACAGGCAGCAAAAUAAUGCACAACCAUGAUCUUAAGUACUAGACAGUAUGUCUAUAUUUGGGGAUUUUAACCAAAGGUAACUGGGCAUCUAGAGAAGAUUUUGGAGAAAAAUAAAUAAAACUUAGUCUGGGACUUUAAAGAAGAUGAAACCAUUUCUUGGCUGAUUCAGCAGAAUCCACAUGGAUGCAUUGAAUGUAACAUAAAUAACUUGGCCCAUCUCCACACUGAGCAGAUGCAACUGUGUCAGCCCUGGUGAGCUGCUGCCAGUCAAGAAGACAAGAAGUUCCUCUAUCUGGGGCUCCAUAGUAUACUUUUAGUUAAUAAUAGUCCUGGGGUAGCGUGAAUAACCUAUCUGCUCAGCACAAGUCAGGCAGGCACCACAGAAUUUCCUGCCAUGUGUCCUGUUCUCUAUCCAAAUCCAGAGUAGUGCUAUUCUCUGGGUUCCAUACCAACAUGCAAGUGUUAAACUCUGAACCAGUUAGCCAGAAGGUGUGAGUGCCCCCAUGUAAAAAUGGCAUGGCAGAAGCAUCUGGCCUCCUCUAACUUCAUGAGUGGGAAGGAAAAUCAAGAUCAAUAAUAGGCCACGGCUGAUUCCAAUGAGGCAGAGGUCAGACAUGCCUCCUCUCUCCACCAUCUUUACCAAUUCUGACACCAGCUGUCCCACCCUGUCUCAAUGGCUGUGACUUUUCAGAAGCAGAUCACCAGGUCUUUCUUUCGAGGCACCUCUGGGUUGACUUGGAGCAUUACCCUUUCAGUUAGUAGCCAAGUGCUUAAACAUUUAUGUCACCCAAAGCAGCCUUAUGCACAUCACACCAUGAUAGAAAAUGAAGUUAUGAACCUAACUUUCUUCCUUUGUAGUGAGUAAGGCAGGGUGAGAGAACAUUCAAAGGGAGAAAUAAAGAGAACCAGAAAGGAUGACUCACCAUUCUCCUCAGUAACUGUCUAGAAGCCUUGAACCAGACCCCUUGUCCCUGCUGGUGGGGAGAAUGACAUCCCAUGGGGAAGUUCUGCUCUGGGUUCCACACUAACAUUCUAAAGGACAGGAGAAGCAGAACUUCUUGGUGUUUUUCACAUCAGUACCUUAGAGCAAUUUUAGCAUUUAAAUGGUAAAUACUUCACCAACAACAUGUUCCAUUUUAUUGGCCAUUAUUAUUCCACUAAUUUGAAGCUUUCUGGUUUUGCUUAAAAAAAAAAAAAAAAAAGCCUGUUGGGGAACACCACUCUCCUUGCUACCAGACUGGAGAAGUGGUUAAGCAAGGAGGGUGUGAAUUAAAAUGUGUCAGAAUUCAGGUCUCUACAUGUGGACAGACAUGGAAAUUGUGUGCAAUUCGACAAUACAGGCAAAAAUCUCUAUCAUCUCUCUCUGUCUUUUUAAUUGAGCUUCUGGGCAAGUUAAGUCUGAAAGGAAGAGUGUGUACAGGCUUGUGAAAGGAAUCAAAAGGUGGGGCCAAGGAGAGGGAGGAGCUAGAACUUUUUUUUCCCCCCCUACAGUUAAAAGUUACUUAACUCUUCAGCCACAAUCUCUUACUCAAGGGACAAACUGCCAAUUCUCCUCCAGAGGAAAAAAACAGGUUUUCCCAAUGGACUCUCUAGCAACAUCAAUCAGUGAGUUUGCCCUGGAGCUUAGCAAAAAGCUAGCUGAGUCUGCACAGGGUAAAAAUAUUUUCUUUUCUCCCUGGGGCAUCUCAACUUCCUUGGCCAUGGUGUACUUGGGCACCAAAGGUACCACUGCAGCCCAAAUAGCCCAGGCCCUUCACUUGACUCAAGACCAGGACAUCAAAUCUUGUCCUGAAAGUGAAAAGAAAAGGAAAAUGGAAUUCAACUUGGGCAAAGCUGAAGAAAUAUGCUCUGAUUUCCAUACACUUAUCUCGGAGAUCAACAAGCCCAGCAAUGCUUACAUCCUUAAGACAGCCAAUGGGUUAUAUGCAGAGAAAGCUCACCCAUUUCACAACAAAUAUCUAGAAGACAUUAAAAAAUACUUUGGUGCAGAGCCACGGUCUGUUAGUUUUGUGGAAACUCCUGACCAAAUCAGAAAGGAGAUCAACACUUGGGUUGAAAAGCAGACUGAAGGUAAAAUCCUGAAUCUCCUACCUGAGGACUCUGUGGAUUCUACAACCAGGAUGGUUCUGGUGAAUGCCCUUUACUUUAAAGGCGUGUGGGAAUAUCAAUUCCCAGUUGAAAACACCACAGAAAAGCCUUUCAGAGUAAACAUGACCACAAGUAAACCAGUGCAGAUGAUGUCGAUGAAACAAAAACUUCCAAUAAUUCACAUAGAACAGCCACAAGCCAAGGUUCUUCAACUUGACUAUGACAGCCAUGACCUCAGCCUUCUCAUACUGCUGCCAGAAGUCAUCACUGGACUGGAGCAGCUAGAAAAGGCCAUCACCUACGAGAAGUUAAAUGAGUGGACCAGUGCAGACCUGAUGGAGCUGUAUGAAGUGACCCUGCAUCUUCCCAAAUUCAAGCUGGAAGAGAGUUAUGACCUCAAGCUAGCCCUGAGCCGUAUGGGCAUAAGUGACGCCUUUAACCCGAGCCAAGCUGAUUUCUCAGGGAUGUCUUUAGAGAGAAACCUGUAUUUAUCCAAUGUUUUCCACAAGUCUUUUGUGGAAAUAAAUGAAAAAGGGACAGAGGCUGCCGCUGGCUCUGGGAGUGAGGUGAGUUUCCGCAUUCGACUCCCACCCAUGGAAUUCAACGUAGACCACCCAUUCCUCUUCUUCAUCAGGCACAACAAAACCAAGAACAUCCUCUUUUACGGAAGAUUCUGCUCCCCUUAAACCCUGCAUCUUUCUCAGUGAAUAAGACCAUCUGAUGGCAUGAAAAUGCCCCCUGAGAUGGAAAAUCACGAUUAUAAUAACGGUUCUGUCAUCUGGACCUUUUUCAGGCUCAAAUAUUAGUAAGCAAAUCUUGAAAUAAUAUAUUCUAGAGAUACCGCUGUAUCUAGACAGUUAGAGAGAACACCGAUUUUUAUUUUUACCACUGAAACAACGUUUUGUCUUCACGUGACUUUUAUUUACAUUUACAUUUUUGUAUUUCACAAAUACUGUGUUAAAUCAAUGAAAUAUCACUUCUUAGCUACCUGGUCGCUGUAUUAUUGCCGCUUAUCGUAUUUCACAGACACUAUUAAGUGAGAUAAACCCUUUGCCGAGGCCUGAUUUCUCCAGAGUAUCAAAAUAACAUAUAGUUCAAGGCAAUAUGAUGUUAAUAAAAGUUUCUGAAGAAUGUCAUUCGAUGGUUCAUAAAUCACCACCGUAAAGUCACCUGGCCCUUUGCUGCUGACAGUUUGAACAAUCAUUAUGAAAACAUUACUGGAGAAGCUAGUGAACCCAGAUGAAGCCUGGAGUUCAGUUAGGAAUAAUGUAGCCAUGCUGCCUUCGAAGCUUUCACAAAUGUGUCAUGCUAACGUGACAUGUGAGAAGGGGGGAACUCCAUGAGGGAUAGCUUGGAAACCCCCCUCCCGUAGUAUCUUUGCAACUUUCCUGUAAAUCUAAAAUUAUGGCAAAAUAAAAAUUUUAUUAAGUGUUGUAAUGAUUAUGUG